GUGGCGAUGGUUUUCACACACGCCGACGUCGACGCGAAGCCGCUUGUGGGAAACCCGUAACACGUCUGCGAGACCUACUGUUGCUUUUACUCGACGUUGCACUCUCCUCUUAUAAAAUCUAGCACAAAGAUAGCGCCAUUCAGAUUGAUGUGCGAUGGUUCAAAGCAGUUUGAUGAGCAGUGCGGAGGACGUGGCGGAUCAGUUCCUGCGGGUGACAAAGCAGUACCUGCCUCAUGUAGCACGCCUCUGCCUGAUCAGCACCUUCCUGGAAGAUGGCAUCCGCAUGUGGUUUCAGUGGAGUGAGCAGAAGGACUACAUCGAGAGCUCGUGGGGAUGCGGCGCCUUCCUGGCCACACUCUUCGUCUUAAUAAACCUACUGGGGCAGCUGGGUGGAUGCAUACUGAUCCUUAGCAGAAAUUUUGUGCAGUAUGCCUGCUUUGGGUUGUUCGGAAUCAUUGGCCUCCAGACUAUUGCUUACAGCAUUUUGUGGGACCCAAAGUUUUUGAUGAGGAACUUGGCCCUGGGGGGCGGCCUGCUGCUGCUACUGGCUGAGUCGCGCUCGGAGGGGCGGAGCAUGUUCGCCGGGGUGCCCACCAUGCGGGAGAGCUCCCCUAAGCAGUACAUGCAGCUUGGAGGUCGCGUGCUGUUGGUUCUCAUGUUUAUGACCCUGCUGCACUUCGACGCCAACUUCCUCUCUAUCUUACAGAACUUAGUGGGCACCGCCCUCAUAAUUCUGGUUGCCAUCGGCUUCAAGACCAAACUGGCCGCCCUCACUCUGGUUGUCUGGCUCUUGAUCAUCAACUUCUCCUUCAAUGCCUUCUGGACCAUCCCAACCUACAAGCCUAUGCAUGACUUCCUCAAGUAUGACUUCUUCCAGACCACGUCUGUGAUCGGAGGUCUGCUGCUCGUGGUAGCGCUAGGCCCAGGCGGGGUCUCCAUGGACGAGAAGAAGAAGGAGUGGUGAGACUGGGUGGGCCUCCGCUGGCUCUCUCGCUCACUCUGUAGUGUGCACUUGGUAGUAGUUUUCUGUUGUUAUCCCAUAAAGCAAGCACGGUGCACUAUACAGGGAGUGAUGAGCCGUUUGAGUCGUGGCCGCUAGUCGAGGACCGCAGGAGCCAACCGCAUGACCCGCUCUUCACUUCUGCAGCCGAAGCACUAUCUCGUUUUCUCUUAUUUCAAUGUGUUCUCUUGGUCAACUUUUGUUUCUUCUGGCACUUUUAAAUCUUGUUUGUGUCAUAUUUAUUAUCACCAUGUGUGUCCAAAACCCAAUUAUACUUCUUAUCAAUAUAGCUUCCUCAUGAGUACUCUAGAGUAUAUUUCUCUUCCCCCUCACUGCUUCUUUAUUGUGGCACCGAUUUACAGUCCACCAACCAAAGAAACAUUCCAUCAUCAUUUUGUUCUCUCUUCAGAGGACUAUGGUGACUCUGGCGUGCUCGGAGCCAGUAGGAUGAACUGAUGAAUAUUAUUGGGACAUUUCUCGGCGAUCACAGUUUUUAUUUGAUAGCUUUGUAAGAGGUUUAGUACUGGGUCAUUGUGAUUGAUGGUUGUCUCUGGUCCCGGAGUAGUUCAUGAGCAUACAUUUAUUGCUGUGCCGAUAUUUAUACCACACUGGUUGACUUCUGUAGAACUCAUGUGUGUAUGGCAGCUGAUCCUGUUUACAGAUCAGGUGUUUUACAGAUGAACUGAGGUUGAGGUGUGGUUUAAUUUCUGUUAAUUAACAAAAGGGGUCAAUUAGAUAUGGAACACCCUUAAUGGCCUUUUAGAAUCUUAAUUAUGAUUUUCUCAUGUCAUUUCCAGUAUAAGUUUACUGAUGUUUUCUUGUCGGUAUAUGGCAUUGUUAAGUGUGAGUACUGUCUGUUGUCAGGUCACUUUAAAGUUUACAGUAGCUGAAUAAUAGUAUUUUUCAAAACAAGCACAGCAGGAAGUUCCACAAAUGAAACCCUGUGAUUUGUCACUCCGUGAUUUUCCUCUUUUUGUACAAAAAAGUGCAGAAAAAGUGGUUUUCUAAGUGUCUUAAAUAUGUUUUGACAUUUAUAAAGAGAAAAUGAAAAGAAAAAUGUUUUGUUUCAGUGAAAAAUUCUAUUGCCUUGUUGGUAGCUGUCUGUGCCUAGUCAUUUCAA